UUGACGCCGAGUUACAAGGGCCGGUUACGAGCAUUCAGCUACGAAAAGGCGGAUGGGAUCGCAGCGGUCGCCAAAUUCCCUCAAGUCGACAUCCUGUGCGGUCACCUGUUCAGCCCUGAAGCUCAAUUGCUCAUGUCUCACAACCCAUCGCAGCAUGACCCACGGCCCGCCACUCAACGUCCUCGAUCGCACCGCCAAAGGAGCCAUGGCUGGUUGUCCUAGCCUCGCAAACCGCGUCUCAGCUCUUCGCCCUCGGCUCCACGCGUUUGGGCACAUUCACGAGGCUCGCGGGGCCCAUAUCCAUAGCUGGGCCACGGGCGUCGCACCCCAAGCGCAGUCAGAUUCCGAAUCCAUCGCCACGGAGGGACCUCAGACUAUCUUUGUCAAUGCAGCAAACUGGCCUGAAGGACCGAAGAAGGCCCGGGUGGGCAAGAACUACCAAGUAGGUGGACAAGGAGUACGACCUGUCAUCGUUGAUCUACUCGAAUGAACCUGACCUGCUUGCUGCGGUUGAACCUUCGUUAAGCCAUCACUACACUUUCAUCGUCUAGGAUCCGAUGAUGAGGCCGUUGAUGGUGAUUCGAAACUGCUGGAUGUCUGUUUGCCUCUGAACGACAAGGAUGCUGAUUGCCUCACCUCGUCUGAACUGUAAGCUUCCGUCAUCGCAGCUGUCUCCGUUUCAGUCCAACCAUAAUCUUUGAGAAGCCGUUCCUUCUUCUCUGAACCUCCUGUGAGGAACAACGCGAUCCGCAUCUGCAUCUGUGCCGUUUUCGACUCAAAUUCUCGCACUGAUUGGGGAAAGCGAGCGUUCAGCGAGGGAUAGUGUCUGAUAAUGGGCAGCAGUUCAGCCCGGCUGUCUUCGUAUGUGGAUUUGAUGUAGUUGAAUGUGGAUUCGAAUUCACGUUGCGAGGCUUCGCCGGAGGUGUGCACCAAAUCACGCCAUGCCUGGGGUCAAGGUCAUCCAAGGACGGAUGGAUGACCCGGAAAGCGUACCUUAUCAUCGAGUCCCGCUUCCAAUACUUUAUCGUACGCGAUGUAUCGGUCUACAGCAUCUUCAUUGUAAACCUGCGCGCGGACGGUAUAAAGCUGGUCCAAGUCUGCAUAGAACUGCUGAUCAAGUUCAUCCAGUCUAGCUUGUGUAGCAGCUUCCUCCGACAACUUUAAGAAGGCUUCCAUGUCACUGAACCUGGCAGACGAUAUUCGGACCGGUGGAUGCCCCAAAUCGGUGUCGACGAGCUUACGAAGGAACGGGACGUUGUCGGUGUGACAAGAUGUAUUGGCUCAGAUUUUUCAUUGUGGUCUCGUCAACUCCACUCUGAUUCCCUGAUAGAUGUGCGUGAUCGAUAACACCAGUGUUCAUGUUGUGAAUACUACGGAUUCAGAGUUGGAAGAGGUGGGACAGACGAACUGGUGCCAUCAUGAUUGGCUCUGUUUGGUACUCUCGAGUCCGGACAGGCGGACUGACAACCACACUGGCCGUCUGCACACAUCGCAUGGCUGCUGAUUCCCACGGGCUCUGUAUCAGUGUAUCUCAUCCUAGGAAUACCACGGCUUUUGCGGUGGCAAGGCAGAAGAGUCCGAUACUCAGGACUCUGUACGAUCAACCGCACCCGGCAAAUGAAACCAUCAACGCAAAUGAAGACCAUUCAGCGCAGAUACUUACUCAGCUCAGUUGAAACGGGCUCGAUUUAGUUUGACGGCCUUGUGGUGUCAACAGGCAUGUGAGAAGCAUCAACCAAAUGCGUCUUAUCGGACCGCCGGUGGCCCUAAAUUUGCCCAGGGACUGCGGAUCGCGCUUUCUGUCCACCUUGUCAACAGCUCUUUUCAUCCCUCGACUCAUCGCGGCAGCUCCUUGUCGGAUGCAAGACAAAUGCUCAUCCGCCGAGGACAAGGAGGCCCAAGACUGUCGCUCCUGGCCCACGGCGGUCAGACGGGCUCGGGGUUGGCUAUUCAUGAUUCUGCACGCUGAGAAGGACCGGACACGCAUAGAUCAUCGCUGGACAAUACCAUCGAUACUAGUGCUGGCGCUGCUUGUAUUCUUCGGUCUGGUCACCGUUGUCAUCGAGCUUACCACUAGACACGGCGAAAUAAACGGCUGUCGAGUCGUAGGCCUGCGGAAAGAGUGGCGAAACCUAUCCAGGGUUGAGCAACUCGACUAUAUCUCGGCAGUCAAAUGCAUGCAAACGCUCCCUGCCAACGGGGUUGUGGAUACGAACCAUGUCCGCACGCGCUACGACGAUUUCCAGAGUGCUCACAUCAACUUGACGGACGAAACGCACACAGUCGCAAGCCACACCCUUUGUGUCCUGGCAGAAAAUGAUAACGCUACGCAGGGACAAUUUCUUCCUUGGCAUCGAUAUUUUCUCGGGACAUUUGAGAGCACGUUGAGAAGUGAAUGUGCUUAUCAGGGCUCGAUUCCAUAUUGGGACUGGAGUCUCGACGCGGAUCAACUUGAUUCGAUCGCCAAGUCUCCGGUGUUCGAUCCUGUUUAUGGAUUCGGAGGGAACGGGUUGCAUAUCCCAGGAUACUCUGGCCCUUUCAAUAACUGGACUAAUCUUGCCGGAUGGGUCGAAGGCACGGGGGGCGGGUGCAUCACCACCGGGCCCUUCGUGUCCUACAAUCUGUCUGUCGGGCCGGGAACAAAGCCGACAAAUCAUUGUUUGACCCGCAAUUUCAAUGAUGCUUUCAUCUGGGCGCUGUCUUCAGCUCAAGUAGCCAACACGACGAAACAGCCCAAUUUUGAGCGGUUUCGCAUCGAGCUCGAGGGACAGCCAAUCACCUCGACAAUGAAGUUGCACGACGGGGGACAUUUCGCUGUCGGCGGGGAGAUGCUGGAUACGUAUUCCAGUCCUGCAGACCCAAUAUUCUGGCUUCACCAUGCCAAUCUAGAUCGAAUCUGGUGGAAAUGGCAGAAUAUCGACCUCCCAACGAGACUACUCGAUGUCUCAGGUCGCUCCAGGGUGAAUCCACCGUUCGUAAAUAUUACCCUGGCAUAUCCGUUGAAGAUGUGGAGCUUGGCCCCGACUAUUCCCAUUUGGAGGGUUAUGGAUGUUAGAAGCCCGCCGCUAUGUUACGAUUAUGUAUAGCUUAGACCACCGUGGGCACACUUCCUACUUGACGAUUCCAGCAGCGGCAGAGAAUCAGAUGAUGAGAUGUAAGUCAAAGGGCUUGAUAGCGAUUUAGAGGUCGACAAUAAUUACACGAGGUCAAUCUAGUGAGAAGCUCAGACAGUGGGUGCAGCAACAAUCGACGGUGAUCUACUCAACGCUUGACGUAGAACAUUUCCGUUGAGUGCGAUUACUACGGUACGUCAGAGGGUCUUCUCCUCUGAAAUUGAACGAGACGUUGAGUUCCAGUUGUCCGCUACGAAAUUUGUGCAAGUCUGUUGGAUCCAUCCUCUCGCGCUUGCGGUUGUGCAACUUCCGCUCUCGAAGAGCUCGCAUCAAACAACAGACCCCCUAUCAACCUUCCAA